GAAGUUGAAAGAAUUCAAAAGUGUAAAUUAUUUCUAGUUCUUUAUAAUGCGCAUAGCGACUUCUUAUAUAAUUUUAUUAUUCGUUCAUUUCCCAUGUGUCAUGGUGGAUGCUAAUAAUUGUCCGAAAGUGUGUUCACCCGUUCCCAAGCCAGUUUGUGGUACCGUUAAAAAUCUUAUUGGCGAAGAGUUGGAAUGUACCUUUAGAAAUUCUUGUAUGUGGGAACUGCUUACGUGUAAAGCUAUUCAAGGAUUAACUACGAUGGCAGGACCUUGUAAUGCAGAUUCCCCUGGAUGUCAGGACCUUGGUAAAGGUGACUUUAAGUUCAAUUAUUAUAAUUAUGGUUUUAAACCUUGAUGGGCUUAUAAAAAUACAAAAACUAUCAGAUAGAUUUUCUCGUAUCUUAAGCAAUAAAAUGUCUUUAUUUAGUAUAUAAAUAAGAUCGGUGUAUUUUGAAGUUGCUUCGGUGCGAAGUUACCCAAUGUAAAUUAAAUGGUUUAU